AUGUUCGGUGAAAAAGUAAUUGAAUUAUUAAAAGAAUCUGAGAGAAACCGGGAAACACUGAGUCCUUUCAAUGAUGAAAUGAUUCGUCAAAUAAUUGAAGAAAUGCACAUUUUGUUUAAAUUGAACAUGAAUGAUGCAAAUGCAACCUCAGAGAAUAAGUCAUUGUGGACAACUGUUCAGGUUCGUCAUUCAGCACUAGAGCGCAAUAAAAGGUGCCUAUUAGCUUACCUGUAUGAUCGCAUUAAUAAAAUCAAAACUCUGAGAUGGGAGUUUGGCUCAGUCCUACCUCCAGAUAUAAGAGAAUUAUUAUCUGACAGUGAAUAUGAUUGGUUUUCUAAAUAUUCAACCAAUUUAGCAACAUUUAUGAGGUCUUUGGGCCAAGAUAUUGGUUAUAGUGGUAUUGAUCUAACAGAGAAUUUGAGACCUCCUAAAUCAUUGUAUAUUGAAGUGCUGUGUAUAACAGAUUAUGGAAAAUUAGAAUUGGAAGAUGGUGAUGUUGUUAUGUUGAAGAAAAAUAGUAGACACUUCCUGCCUACAUCUGAGUGUCAAACACUUAUACGACAGGGUAUUUUAAAACAAAUUACAUAG